CAAAUAAAUGUCUGAGGAAACUUCUGCUUUCAUCAGAAAAAUAUAAGUGGAUUAAGAGUCAACUUUCUUUUAUCCGUCCGUGUGUUUACCGGAUAUACAUGAGUGAAAAUGUUGUACUGCAUCAUUUUCUUUUCUUCAUUCGUUGUUGCUACUGGGACUCAGAACAUCCAACCCCUCCAGUCAUCAACAGAGGGAUCUUGUGACAGAUUUUGUACUUGCAAAGAAAAAGACAAUGUUUUGAUUGUGAACUGCGAGGAAAGAAAUAUUACCAAAAUAACACAAAUACAGUUGCCUUUAGCCUUACCUUUCCAUCUUAAUCUGUAUAAAAAUGAUUUAGUAGAGUUGAAGGCAGAAGAGCUGGAUGGUUUCAGGAAUGCCAUCUCACUUAAUCUGGGAUCUAACAGUAUACAGCAGAUAGAACCUGGAGUUUUCAGUGCACUUAGCUCUCUUAAGAGGCUCCAUAUUAACAGCAAUUUUUUAGUGACCUUAAAAGAGGACACUUUUCAAGGCUUGCUGAACCUGGAGUACCUGCAGGCAGACACAAACUUCAUCCACACAAUUGAAUCCGGGGCAUUCAGCAAACUAGUGCAUCUCAAAGUGUUAAUACUGAAUGACAACGCCAUUGAAUUCCUUCCCACUAACAUUUUCCGGUUUGUGCCUCUGACCCACUUGGAUUUGCGUGGAAAUCAGUUGCAGUCACUGCCUUACAUGGGCUUUCUGGAGCACCUUGGACGAAUCAUGACGUUUUUGCUGGAGGACAAUAACUGGGUGUGCGAUUGCGAAAUAUUACCUCUGAAAAUAUGGAUGGAGAACAUGAGUGGACAGACUUCUAUAAGUGAGGUUAUUUGUAGCAGUCCCCCCCACCUCCAAGACAGUCUCCUAAGCAAAGUGAAGCAGGAAGUGCUUUGCCCCUCUUACUCUGAGGCAGAUUUAGUGGGGCCCUCCAAGUUACUGCUAAAAGCUACAUCUUCUAAUGCUGAACAGGUUCCAAAAGGAAUGGAUGCCAAAGAUGAUGCAAAGAUCCCAGCUCCAGACCAUAAGCCAGGGGUUGCCUUCUGCAGUGACCAGUGCUCCUGUCAUAUUCAUCCAACUGCAGGUUUUAUAAUACACUGUCAGGACAGAGGGAUUAGAAGAAUCUCAGAUAUUGGAUUGCUCCAGCAAAGCCCAACAAAGCUUGUACUGACAGGAAACAUGGUUCAAAGACUGUUUCAAUUUGAUUUUGUUGCUUUUGAAGGUUUGGAAUUGCUGAAUUUGGCAAACAACCAAAUUGAUUCCAUUGAUGAUAAUACUUUCCUUACAUUAGGCCAGUUAAAAAAGCUUUAUCUGAAUGGCAAUAGAUUGGAAAUGAUUUCCCCGGGAAUGUUUAUUGGACUCCACAGUCUUGAGUAUCUGUAUUUGGAAUAUAAUGUCAUCAAAAAUAUUCUUUCCUGGACAUUUAACACCAUGCCAAAUCUCAAGCUUCUGUAUUUAAAUAACAAUCUUCUUCAAACUCUACCAUCACAUGUAUUUCACAAUGUCCCACUGGCCAGGUUGAAUCUGAGGAAGAAUUUAUUCAUGCACCUACCUGUGAGCAGUGUUCUGGACCAGCUGCUUUCUCUGGAGCAGAUUUAUUUGGAAGACAAUCCUUGGGACUGCAGUUGUGAUUUGGUGGCUCUUAAACAGUGGGUAGGGAAACUCGGGGAAGAUAUCGUUGUGGGUAGGGUUUUAUGUCAGACCCCCAGUGAAAUUGCCAAUGUGGAACUUAGAACUUUGAGACUUGAUGUAAUGUGCUCUGGCUUAAUGUUGCAUUCCCUCCCAACAAAAGAGGGAGUUGAAGGUACACCAGCCACAGUAACCACUGAGAGAAGUACAAAGGGCUUCUUCCAAUUCUUCAAUGCCGUCCCUCUUUCAGUACUGAUCGUUAGCCUACUGAUCAUUUUCUUUGUCAUCAUUUUCUGCGCUGCGGGAGCAGCUGUCUUCAUUCUGCACCGCCGGCAGAGGUCAAGCAAAAAACAGGCCAAUGAUCAGCCAAGGGAGAACAGCCCCUUCCACGUGCAGUACAGCGUGCAGACCAUGCAUCACACGGCUCAGAGGCCCAGAGCUUACUCGUAUAGUGAACCUGCACAGAGUACGGUGAUGCAGGUGUGCAGGAGUCCCACCUACUGCGCUCGUAAGAAAGUGCACGAACUGGACGAGCUGGACGAGCUGAGCCUCGAUGAAAUGAAGCAUGUGUGCCGUAGCCUCCUGGAGCCGACAAAUGACUUGCCCCCUGCUGGGCCCAAUUUUAAACUCAGGGCCAUCACAGACUGCCCAUCAGACUUGGUCAGUCUUGGGGACACGGGUUCCCUAUAUCAAAACAUCCUUAAACGGGAAAGGGACCUGCAGCAACUAGGCAUCACAGACUAUCUCCGAGAAAACAUUGCCCAGCUUCAGCCCCCUGCUGAGAUCCAGGGUCAGGGAAGAUUAAUGGAGGCAAUUAUGUAUGCCCGAUCACGGAAGGUUCUGGUUGAACACUCUAAAAAUGAGUAUUUUGAACUCAAAGCCAAAUUACGCGCAGAGCCAGACUACCUGGAGGUAAUAGAGAAUCAGACUUCAGUAACCUAACAAAAAGCACAUUUUAUGGGU